AUGGCUGCAACACCUUACAGGUUUCGGUUGUCUUCACAGUGCAGCCACAUAAGGCGUCAUGUGUGUAGACGGUUGAUUACACCACAGUUAUCUGUGAGGACAUGUGCUACGGGAACGGAAUCAUCAAACGGUGCUCGUUUAAUCGAGGUGAUGGAAUCUCCAAUUGAGAAUAUUAAAAUUCUUUCCAUGAACAACGCUCCAGCGAAUGUUCUAUCGUCAGCCAUGAUAAAGGAGAUGCUUAGUUCGAUCAGUGAAGUAUGCAACCCAGAGAAAGGAUGCUGCAAGGGUAUCGUGUUAACAUCGUCUCUCCCUAAUGUGUUUUGUAAUGGACUUGAUCUUCAAUUAUUGAUCGAUAAAUUGCCUUACGAUUCUUUUUCAUCCUACUGGAAGCAACUUCAGAUGCUUUACAUCACUCUCAACACGCUUCCGGUUCCUGUCGUUGCAGCUAUAAACGGAGAUGCUACGGGUUUUGGAUGUAUUAUGGCUCUGUCUACUGAUUAUAGAGUUAUGGCCGAGAAAGCAGAAGAGGGGGGAGGCAAACAAUUAAAAAUUGGUGUUGAUACGGUUCGAUGUGGAUUGGCAGUUCCACCUUGCUUUGGUGCGGUUGUGGCUCACACGGUUGGAUAUCGUGCAUGUGAAAUGUUUCUUCAGCGUGGUGUGAUUCUUUGUGCUGCUGAGGCUGAAAAUGCGGGUCUUGUAGAUGAAACGGUGGAAAGGGCUGAUGAGGUUCUUGUGCGUGCUUUGGAUAUGGCAGAAAACCUGUCCGGAGGACCCCCGUGGUCUUUUUGGUUGGUAAAAGACGCUUCACGCAAGGCGUUUAUGGCCCCCCUUUGUACGCAAGCCCUUCGUGAUGCCGAUUGUGCAAACUUUUACGAGUUUAUCAGCAACACGGAGGUGCGACGUGAUAUGAGAGCGUACAUUGCAGGUAGUGCGUAG